CUCCUUGUUGGGAAGGAUCAGUCAAAAGGAAGCAAGAAAAGAAGAGAGAAUAAGCCAUUAAACUAAUGUCAAAGUUGCUUGCUUAAAGCACUGAUGUGAUCUGAAGAAUUUAAUCGUGCUUUGUCCCCACUUAUUCCGGGGGAGAGAGAGUCCCCCUGGGAGCUACAAAAGUCUGCGUUCUGGGGGUAAUGACUGGCAAUAAGAGUAAUCUCUUCUGCACCGUCGUGUUCGAGAGAGAGAGAGAGAGAGAGAAGAUAGAGAGGAAGGAGGCCUGCCAGUGCCUCCUAGAGUGUUGAGUUUGAAUGGCCAUAGGGAGCAGCUGCGAUGAGUGGAAGCCUUUCUUCGUGAUGCUGGCCAUCGAUUUCGCCUUUGCAGUCGUGAAUAUUCUGCUUAAGAAAGUGCUUGAGGAGGGUAUUGAUCAUUUGGUCCUGGUAACAUAUCGGCUAGCGAUUUCAGCCAUUUUCCUGUCUCCAAUUGGUUACUUCUUGGAAAGGAGUACCAGACCAAAGCUGACGAUUAGGAUCUUAUGUUCUCUCUUUUUCAGCGCCAUUGUAGGGGCAUCGCUCACACAAUUCUUUUUCCUCCUUGGUAUUCAAUACACGUCAGCGACUUUCUCGUGUGCCUUCAUUAACAUCGUUCCUGUUCUCACAUUCAUCAUGGCCUUACCUUUUAGGAUAGAGAUGGUGGACAUGAAGAGCAGCAGCGGAAGAGCCAAAAUUGGCGGUACAUUGGUGUGCAUUGGUGGGGCUUUGAUGUUGACUCUUUAUCGAGGAAGGCCUUUGUUCAACUCUUCACAUUCACAAGCCGUUAUUUCAAUGCAUGAUCAUGCCACCAAGCUCAGUUCAGCUAAGAGGACGCAGAAUUGGACAAUCGGCUUGAUUUGCUUGUUUCUUGGAACAUUGCUCUGGUCUCUGUGGUUUCUUCUCCAGUCCAAGAUAGGCAAGAGGUAUCCUUGCCAGUACUCAAGCACAGCCAUUAUGUCCUUCUUCGGCGCCAUUCAGUCGGCCACUUUGAGCUUCUCCACGUCCAGGAGCCUCUCUAUUUUUGUCUUGAAAGGAAGAACUGAAGUAUUCGCCGUUAUCUUCGCUGGUAUGGUAGGUUCGGGUUUGUGCUUUGUCGGGAUGUCGUGGUGCGUCAAGAAACGGGGUCCUGUCUUCACUGCAUCAUUCAGCCCCCUCGUCCAAAUAAUGGCGGCGAUGUUUGAUAUCCCCAUUCUGCACGAGCAGCUCUAUAUUGGGAGCUUGCUUGGGUCGGUCAUUGUAAUCAUCGGCUUGUACAUUCUUCUGUGGGGCAAGAACAAAGAGAUGCAGGAUUGUGUCGUGAAAGUAGCUCAGGAAGCCGAAGAGAUCAAGGAGCAGGAUCCGAAGUUACAGGUCGUCACGGUGUCGCACGAGUCACAGAGUACCUAGUCUGUUGCUUCUGUUUAUGGUACCAGAGUCUGUAGCCCCCUUUCUCUGCCCCCUCGAUUCCGACCCCUCCAUUCCUACUUGUGUAGAGGGUUCAUAUGGUUGCUUUGUGCAAAGCACAGUCCGUCGCUUUGUUUUCCGAAAUAGAUAAAAGAGCGCCUCAUUUGGUACGCAGUGUUCAGCAGAAUCCUGCACACAUGAUUGAGUGAAUCACUGGAAGAGUGCAAUUCUGUUCACUGUUGUAUCAUAGAGAGCGUAAAAGUUAUUCAUUAAUGACGUGUUAGUGCGCCAAUUCAAUCGCUUUCUUUUGCCUUUUUCUUUCUUGGGCUCAUUGGUCUAAUUUUACAGCGAUAAUCUGCCAGAUUCUGCAGCUUCUUUAGCGUUGAUUCUGUUUGCCCAAUAUUCUUUUUCCUUUUUCUAAGUCAAUUCGGCUAUCUGACUACUGUUGCAGCUCUUCAUCUGUUUAAAAAGCGACAUCUUGAGAAGUUUUGUCAAGGGACUAUAUUGAUAGCAUUAGCCUUAACAUGUCACGAUCAAACCCCCAAGGCACAUCAGGAUCAACAGGGUCCGUGCAGUACUUUUCCGCCAAGCGGAAGGGCAGUCGUUUUCUUUUCGGCCUUAAGAAUUCCCAAUCGGUAAGGCGAAAGCAUAGUAGACUGAGCCCAUUUCCAGAUAAACGAAAUGAAGGCCUUUCCUAGAAUGGAAAAUGAUGCAAGAUCAGCACCUUCAGCUACAAGAAAAGACUGUGUUCUGGUUUUUGAUUGCUUAAGAUCAGCAUUAUGUGUCUCUACAAUGUACAUGGCAUUUACAUUGCUCAGUCCAUGACUAAGCUAUGACUGCCACCGGCGA